AUGACAUUUAUCUCUGGUUAGUUAGAUAUUGAAGAGUCUAAAUCAAAUUAUAAUCCAACCAAAGGUUUCAACAUAGAUGAGAAUUCUUUUGAUUUAAAUUCAGCUUUUAAUAUCAAUAGUAAGAGUAAAUUGGGUUUUAAUACUCUCAAGAGCAAUAACUAUAACUUUGGUGAUAAUUUGAAAUCAAAAUCGAAGUCAAACUCAGCAAAUUCUAAACUUCAUUAAAGUUUUGGCAUGAAAUCAAUCUGGAAAAGCUAAUUCUUUACUUAACCAAUUGAUUACAAAGAGGAAUAAUAAAAUAAAAUGGAUGACACUCCUGCAGUUGCUCAUAAAAAAUUUAUAAAAAAUAAAAAAAAGAACCUCUCAAAAGCAAUAAAUAGAUAUGUUAAGCACUUUUUCAAACAUCAUAUUAUCGGGAAAGGAGAUAAUAUUCUAAAGAAAAAUCUUUAUAUUCAGAUUUUAAUAGUCUAUUAUAGCUUCAUCAUUAAACGCAACAUGCAUUUAGCCUAUUUUUAAAUGAUGGAAAUUUCUGCUCAACUUAAGGAUAACUUCUUUCUCAAGAAUAGAAUACUUAUCAACAAGUUAUAUUUUGAGAAACUAAUGAGAGAAAAAGAGCAAUCUAAUUCCAUAAAUAGUGUUGUUGGUAAAACUGUAAAUCACAUUGAUUUAUUUUAAAUGGUUAAGUUGAAUCAACUUUACUCAAAGUUAAGUCUGAGAUUUGAGAUAACCAGCGAUGCAUUACUUUAAUUUUGGCAAAAUUUAUAUAGUUCAAGAAACUAAGUAAAUCUAUAUUUAGAAGGUGAAGUAAUUACAAAUGAAAUCGAUGAAAUAAAAAAUAUUUAUGAUGAAAUCAAAGAACUUGCAUAAGAUAAAAAUGAUUUUAAGUUGUAUCUACUAAUGGCCUCAUUCUUUAAAUUUAUAUUAUUUAAGAAUAAGGAAGCUUAUGAUGAAUUAGUACUAUAUAAACUGGCUUAUUAAACAAAGCGUUUAUCUAAUCAAGAUUUUGAUAAAGAUUAUGCAAAAUAAGAAAAAGCCUUUAUCAUAACAUAAUUUAGCUUUAAGAAGGAUAUGCUUAUCCAUUAGAUGAAUAAACAUGCAACAAAAUUGACUUAAUAUGACUUAAGCAUGCAGUAAACAUUGCAGCUAAACAAAAUAAUGCCUGAGAUAAUAUCUGACAAUCAUUAAAAGUUUAUUUUGGAUUUUAUGAGAAAAGGAAAGACUAACAUUAUCAACAAAAAAAGAGAGAGCUUUAUUAAACAAAAAUCAGGAUAUGUUUUGCCAGUUUACCUUUACUUAAUAAUUAACUUUCAAAAUACAAAAAAUAUGAUUAUGAUGAUUGAAGAAGAUUGUGAGAUUAAUCCUUUUCUAGAGGAAGAAUCCUAAAUAAGAAAUCAAUUUGGAUUCAUCAUUGCUGAUAACAGAUUCUAGGUAAAAGAAAUUUCUGAAGGAUGCGAUUAAGUGUUAUCAUUGAACCAUAAUACUCUAAGAAUAAUAAAAGAAUAGCAAAAUUAAACUAUCAGGAUAGAUGAUUUGUUUUUAGCAGAAAAUUUAGCAAAUGAUGAUUUGCAUAAGUCCCUUGAAGAUUCCAAUUUUUAGAACAUUUAAGUAUUUUCUAGAUUACAAGAAAUUAAUAGAGACAUUCUUCAAGAUUAACUUGAUUGCAACUUAAAAGAAGCUAGAGCCCUAACUAAUAUUGAAACGUCUUAACUAUAUAACUUGAAAUUUUGGAAAGAUAAGUAUCUAAAUACAAAUGUGGAAAUGUAUAUUAUUGCCAUAGAAAAUAUCUAGGCUAAUAGAAUGACAGAGUAAAAUAUAGAUGAUCCUAAAAGUUUGAAAUUUAAUGCAUCUAUUUAAUAAAUAAUGGUAAGAGCUGGCACAUUAAAUCAUUAGAAUUCAUUGAAAGAUAGCCAAAAUAUUUAACUUUAACCUGAUUAAAAAUCAAUGGUAUCUCAUUCAUAAGAUGGUACAGGAAUGUAAAGUAUUUCAACCACACAUACUUCCACAAGCACAAUGAGCUCCGAAUACUUUACUUUUCAGAAGUUUUCCAAAAAAAUUAUUCUAGUUUGUGCAAUUAUUCUGAUUACUAGUAUUAUUGAUCUCUACUACACAAAGUAGAAUUUAGAUAAUGCAUUAGACAUUGUUUAAGUUGGAUAGAUAAGUCAAAGUCGGAUGAACACAUUUAGAUAUUUGAGACCAUCAGUCCGUACAAUGCUGAACAUUGUAAACGGGUUUUCAGAAAAGUCAAGUUAAGUAAUUGAAAAUAGAUUUGCUUACUAUCAAAGACUUUCAGAAUUUUUAGUUGAAAAAUUAAAAAAUUAAACUGAUAUGCUUAACAUGAAAAAUGUAGUUACAGAUAUAGAUUAUUAAAUGUGGCAGUUAAAUAGCUUCAAUUAGAUUUAAGUAGAGAAAUAAUCUUAUAACUUAAUCUGGUAGAUGUAUACAAAUAAUCUUCAUGACUUACUAGUUUAGAUAAGGGAAAAAGGUGAAGACCUAAUUAAAACAAAUAACAAUAAUCUGAAUUUAUUCAAUCUCAAAGAUAAAGUUAGUACUGCUUCUUUGACAGAGAGAUAGCUCUAUUUCAUAAUUUAGAAUCAAAAUAUGAAUGCCUAUGAUAGUUCUCGAGAUUUUUCAACAGCCUAUACCUUGAAAAAAGUUGCUGAGAUUGAAUCUAAAAUAGACUUUCUUAAUAAAAUUAAUCUCAUCUGCUUUGGAGUAGUAGUUUCAUGUGGACUAAUUAUCAUACCAUUAGUCAUUAGAAUAAAUCAAAGAAUAUAGAAGCUAAUGAAGAUUUUCUUUAACCUUGAUAAAGAAUUAGUGAGUUCUAUGAUAAUCAGCAUUUGUAAAUACAUUGAAAACUAAAAUUUAUAUGUAAAUUCUAUUCAUAUCUGCAGAGAACUUGCAAUCUAUCAGAAAAUAGAGCAUGAUAUUGAAAUGCAUAAAUAGAAAUAAAUUGAGAGAAGAAUUACAUUUAUAUCACUUAAAAAAUAGGAAUCUUCUGAUAAAAUUUAGGAUGAAUAAUCUAUAAACGAAGAACAUUAUGAAGAAGAAUUUAAAUAGUAGCAAGAUAUGAUCCUUUAAAACUUAAAGAAUAAUAUUAGGCAACAUAGAAAUAGUCAUAAAAACAAAAAUAAAAAUAUCAACUCCUAAGAUGAAGAUGAGCAGUCAAAGGGUUAAAAUAAAAAGGAUAAAAAAUAAAUGUCUGAAAGUAAAUCAGAGGAAGAUGAAGAAGAUCCUUAGUUAAAGUAAGGCAAGAAUAAUAAAUCUUCAUUGGAUCAAGAAGCAUUAGUAAAAGAUGUAUUUAAUCAAUACAUUAAGAGGAAGAAAAUCAUAUUCGUAUUUUAUACGUUUAUCAUCACUGUGAUAAUAAGUAGCUACUUUCUUAUCAUUUACUUCUUGACAAAACAAAGUCUUUCACAAAUUUAGAAAAAUGUGACUAAUAUGCAGAAUAUAUUCUAAAGAAAAUCUGCAGCUGAGAUAGCAUUCACUACUAUAAUGGAAAGCUUAUCCCAGAAUAAGACUAUUAUGGUUAACUUAGGAAAAAUAGCUUGGAUCCCUUAUUCAUUAUCUAGAAUCCAGAUAAAAGAAAACGAAUAUAGAAAAGAUAUAAUUGAGGGAAGUGAUGCAAUAUUAGACUAAAUAAGAACUGAACUAACUAACUUGGAGAAUGAUCAGUUUUGUAACUAUUUCUACGAUAGUAACUCUGUUUCUGAUAUUUCUGAAUAUUCAAUCUUCAACACUACUAGAUAGCAGUGUGAUACUUUGGUUGGUGGAAUGGCUAAGCAAGGUUUGUAAAACUUCAUGUAUAGGACAAUAAAUCUCAUAAAUUAAGAGAAUAUCUCUUUUAACUACAAAAAUGGCAGCCUUAGAAAUAUGACAUACUUGCUUGAUCAUUUGUAAGGAGAACUAACUAUCUUGCUGGAUGUAGGAGUUAGAAUUCUGGCAAGACCUUGCUUUAUUGUGGAGGAUAAACUGACUAAGAUUUUGAUCGAUUACAAUGAAAAGAUAUUUAAGAGCUUAAAAAGGCAGGUAGAAAUUUCAAAUAAAAUGCUUUUCAUUAUUGAUUAUGAGGAUUCAACUGAAAAAUUUAGAGCAGAAGUUAAUAAAUUCCUUGAAAGUUCAUGA